AGUAACUAUGUCUGACAUAGAGGAAGAGAAUGAGUGAGUAAUCGUCAACUAUUCUAAUUCAAAGAACUAUUAGUGAUAUUCUAUAACUACAUUUUAAUACUUUGUGUUGUUAAUAUGUAUUUAAAACUGAUAACGCGUAUUUUCUCUUUUUUUAAGGGAUCAGCAGGAGGGUAAGGCUAUUUUCUGUCACGUUUCAUUGUCUCAUUGUCACCCACUCCUCUCUUAUAUGUAAUUUUUAUCACCUACUUGCUCCACAGAGGAAGAGGAGGAAGGAGGUUAGUCACAACUGUAUGUUGACAUCAUCCUUGAUGUUACACAUCCUCACAAUAUUAUUAGUCCAUUUAGACCCUGAAACAUUACAGUGAAUGCCCCCAAACGAUCUCUCUAGAAGGGACAUAAUACGCACCUCUCUGAUUCAGAGGGGUUGGGUUAAAUGCGGAAGACACAUUUCAGUUGAAUGGCCCCUGUUUCUCCCUCUCACCUGUCUCUCCCUGGGCCUUUCCUGGGUGGAUCCUGGUGAACAGAGCCAGAGCAUUCAGAGAACACAGAGUGUCAAGGUAUUGUACACCAGUAGUGGUGUGUGGGUAAAAUCACAGGGGAAGCCAGGGAAAAAAGCAUUAUUACAAACCUAUGUGUUGUGAUAAUUGUGUUGUUUAAUCUUUAACCUGUUAGUUCAUAUGCCUUUCCACCAUGAUAUAUUGGCCUAAGGCCGAGACAAUUAGAAGACACAGUGGCAGAACAAAUUCAACCACACCUUUGUUUCAUCACAAAACCGGAGAGCAAAAUCUGUCCGGUGAAGUCCACAAAGCAUAUUGCAUGUAACAAACAGUUACAUGACCUACAACAUGGUCAAACAAGUUAAUGUUUCCAACAUUUUCGGACUAUUAAAAGACUAUUGAUUUAGAACCACGGAGAGUUACCGCAAGUCGCAAAAAAAACUGGCGUUGCCUCCACUAUUCCAGCACCCUUUCAACUUCAACAUUUCAACAUCAUCUAAUCACCUAUGCUUAGUCUAAUACAAUGACAACUAAAAGAUACCAAAAACGAUUUAGUCCAAUCAAUGUAAGCUAAAUAUGAUGUGGCUGUCUGUAAGGGUUGGUGUGAGGUGUGACCGACCCAGGUGCGGUGCAGGAUAGACAGUAGGCAGUAGGCAGAGAUGGUGAAACAAGGAUCUUUACUGGUGGUCCCGAAGCCAGGAUACAAAACAACAGACUUAACACGAUAAAAGAAAGGUGGAGCAAAUAAGUCUCCAAAAACAGGCUGACAGCCAAAAUACGAAAUAGUAACUACGACUGAAAUAAUAAAGAAACAGGGAGAACAAUUCUCAAGUACCUGUACAUACUUCUCCGAUCAGACACUGAUUAGUACUGCUGAGUGUAGAGAAACUAGCAGAGAAGACUGAGCAAGGGAACACAGGGAAGUGAGGGCAUAAAUACACAGGUGAACAAGUAGACACAGGUGACACCAUAGGAUCAUGAUUAGUCCAGACUGUGAGUGAGAAGGUGCCUAAGGUUGUCGGAGGAGGACACCUAGUGGAUCGCUCCGGAACUGCGACACCCUCCUGUAACAGCGGUCCAUGGUACUGAUUUCUGUGUGUGUGCUUGUGCGUAGAAAAAACAUUUUUGCUGACUCACCCUACUUGUAGUGAAACGCCAAUGCCAUCCACCUCUUUCAUGUUCCCUAAACGGUCUAUGACUCUGUCAUACAGUACAUGCUUUUAGUUUUUGUUGUGCUAUAAUGCUUGCUCGCUAGCUAACUUCCUUUCAUGGGCAACGAUGCGCCAGGCCAGUUAGUUAACAUUAGCCUACUACAUCUAGCUACAUGUUGAACUUCCAUCCUCUCAGGCCAGGGGCACAAUGUAUGAAUUUAUGGUUGGAUCAGAAUCGCCGUUAUAAUCAUUGGCCAGUAUGGAGAAUUAAGUAAAACCACAAGUUCAAAUCCCUAUCUCCAUCCAUGGCUAAUUUAGGAAAGGGACGAUUUUAGCUAGCUAGCUAGCCAACGGAGGACAAUGACACAACAAGAUGCAACAAUUCAAGUUUUUUUCUGUCAAUGGCAAAAAUGUCCCACUCAACCCAAUUACCUACAAGGAAGUUGAAAUCCACCAAUGCAAAGUAUUAGUUGUGUUUUGGUUUGUUAUUGAUUUUCUCUGUCAUUUCUUUCAUGCCUUGUAUUAAGAAGAAGAGGAACGUCCUAAAUACAAGUAUGUCUGUCUUCACAAGUAAACAGUUACUGCUAAGUUUGUGAAUUAAAUCGUGUUUCCUUUUCUUUUGAGGAUUUGCUGUGUCAUGACACAGAACACUUGGGGUCGGUUUCCCAGACAGAUUAGUCCUCAUUAAAACGUGUAUAUAUUGAAAGCACUUUUUAGUCCAGGACUAGGCCUAAUCUGUGUCUGGUAAAACCGUACCCUGAAGUCUGAUUUCAUAUUGUAUCUGAAUACAAAGCAUAUAAUUAAAUCUAACAAUUUUAAUUGAAUGUAUCUUUACAGUACAAAGUACAACAUGCACAGUUUAACAGAGGCAAAUACUUGAGUAGUAAUUUAAGUAUAUUUAGUAGUUUGGCAUUUAGGUUGUCAGUGUGUUUAAUCCUGAUGUAAAUCACUUACUUCAUCUUGUUUUACAGGCCCAUGGUCUCCCAGCUCGCUGCCCCCAAAAAUCCUGAGGGGGAUAGGGUGGACUUUGAUGUGAGCCGACAUGUGGGCUUUACCCAUAGAGAUAAAAAUCUUUAUCUCUGUUUUUUUCCCAUAUUAUUUUCUGAUCGCACUUACAGUUUCCCAGACCCAUAUUAAUCUUAGUCCUGAACUAAAAAGCAUUCUCAAUAGUCUCCAAUGAAAAUGCUUAUUAGUCCAGGACUAAGCUUAAUGUGGGUUGGGGAAAAUGGUCCCUUAUGUAUAUAUAGAUCAUUUUAUUGAUUUACUACUUGUAUUCAUUAACUCUGGUUUGUGACAGGACAUCCACAGGAAGAGAAUGGAGAAGGAUCUUCUGGAGCUGCAGACCCUGAUCGACGUCCAUUUUGACCAGAGGAAGAAAGAGGAGGAAGAACUCAUUGGGCUCAAGGACAGGAUUGUAGGUCAAUCACCCCAUCGCUCUCUCACUCUCUCUCUCUCUUUCUCGCUCUCUCUCCUCUAUCCUGUAUGUUUUGUUUAAUGUUUCAUUUAAUGUGCUUGUUGCAGGCAUCUCUCUCGCUCUCUCUCUAUAGUGUAUACAGUAUAUACAUCCAUUCUCCAUGGACAGGUCUAUGUCUGGGAAUAAUGUAUGUAUGUGUGUUUAGAGAAAGGCUGAUAUGUGAUUAGUGUAGUGGUAUGUAUAAAUUAAGGUAUUAAUUGCUAUUACGAGACGAGUAUGCACUUGGUUUCUAUUCCAGGAGAACCGCAGAUCAGAGAGAGCAGAGCAGCAGCGUGUGCGAGCGGAAAAAGAACGGGACAGACAGACGAGAAUUGCGGUAGGCCAAAGCCGCAAUACAGAGCAUCUGCUUAAGCUAGCACUAUCGAGGCAUCUGUUAUAAAUGGUUCAUUGGCAGACAAAAACAAUUAGUCUCAUAAAUCAAUUGAAUGCGUGUUGAUAUGAUAAAACUAUUGUACAAAUAUUCGAUUUUUGGUACUCAGGAAGAGCGGCAGAGGAAGGAGGAUGAGGAAGCCAAGAAAAGGGCAGAUGACGACGCCAAGAAGAAGAAAGUGCUCUCUAACAUGGGGGCUCACUUUGGGGGUUUCUUGGCAAAGGUCAGAAUGCUAAUGAUAUUGUAGACAAAGAUGCUAGUGGAAUAGGUCUUAAGCAUAACCUUUACCAAUGCUAACACUUUGUUGGUUGUAAGCAUUUACAGUAUACUGCAGGUGCUUUAGUUUGUGUGUGUAUAAAAUAUGUGUUAACUAAAUUAACCCUCGUAGUGCUGGUUUAUUCACUUAUUCAGUUGUGGGUGAUGAUUUUGCCCCCCCCCCCCCCCCAGGCAGAACAGAGGAGAGGGAAGAGACAAACAGGGAGGGAGAUCAAGAAGAAGACACUGGCGGAGAGACGCAAACCCCUCGCCAUUGACAACCUGAGAGAGGACGGCCUGAGGUCAGUGAUAUCCUUUUCGGACUACUGAGCUAAGCUGAGCCGAGCUGUACUGCGCUGGCCUGGUUACGCAUCUAUCAUAGGUCCUGCACCGUGCUGCUUAAGAUUAAAGGACAAUUUGGAAAGAAAAUAACUGAGUUAGCCCAGUACGGUCGGGUUGGGAUGAUAGUAUGAAAAGUGAAUUAAUGUCCCUCUUAGAGAUUGGAAUUGAUUAUUUAAACUGUUGUUGAAGCAGUGAAAGAGGAUACUUGAAAUCUGAGCCAGAGCCUUCAAAUGGAAUAGUAGGCCUCAAUGAACUUCACUUGCAUUAUCAAAGUCCUUGUUCUCCUGAGUGAAUGAAGGUUGAGAGUACAAGUCCUCCUUCUCCAACUCCUAAUGCCCUGUGUCUCUCUCAGGGAGAGAGCUAAAGAGAUGUGGGAGUGGAUCUACCAGCUCGAGUCAGACAAAUUUGACCUGACUGAAAAGACGAGACGACAGAAAUACGAGGUGAGGAGACCGCGAUUGUACACCACAGUUAUUUAUGUCCUCUUUAGUCUGGUUAGCCCUUAAAGUAUUUUAUAUGUGUAUUGAAAUGCCUUUUAUUUAAUUUUUUGCAGAUAAACGUUCUUCUGAAUAGAAUUUCUCAUGCCCAGAAA